UCACGCACGGCCCUACCAAUAUGGCCGCCAGUACGGCCAAAAUAGUGCCGGAGGAUGCCCGCUCGCGAUCAGUGUGCCGCUACCUGCAUAACAAUGAGUGACCUUACCAAGAUGGCGUAACUUAGCUGGCUUCCUUCAGAGUAGACCAGCCUUCUGAACGAGAUGGAGACAAAGUCGGGGGAGGAGGAGGCCCGUGGUCGGCAUCCCCUUAGCCUCUUUGAGCUGAGCGGGGUGGUAGUCAGCUCUGUCAUGGGACGCGUGGAGAAAGAGGUUUGGGCACUUCCAGGUCCAAUCCUGAAGGGCAUCUUGCCUCUGCUUAACAUCUAUUAUCUGGAGCGAAUUGAGGAGACAGCCAUGAAAAAAGGACUCUCCACCCAGCCUAUAUGGUGCAAGCUCUGGUUUGAUAUCAUGAAAACAAGACCUUCUAGAUUAGAGAGCAUCAAGUGUUGGAGGAAGAAAUUCCUUGAAACGUUCUUCUCUAAUGUGCUGCGUGGAAUUUUGGAUGUGUCUUCACACCAACGCCUGAAUGACCCUUGCUUUUUGCCCUUGCUAUACACUUCACAGCACGUUACCCAGCUCACCAUCUAUAACAUGCUGGAGGGCAUAUCGGAACUCAUGGCAGAACACAACCAGGAUGUUCUAGACAGAUUGGCUGUCUCACUCAAGUCCCUGACAUUCCGUCACCUCCUCCCCACCACACAGUCUGCUAGACAACUGUUGAGUUUGUUUCUUCAUCGCCUAAUUCAUCAUGGGGCUGUGGACCACCUGUCUAUGUACUCCUGGCCUGAUCCUGACCCAGCACUUUUAACCCUUAUUCUAAAAAUGAGUGCUGGAGUUUGGCAUCCUGGAAAAGUGCCAGUGAACCAGGAAACAUGUUGCCAUAUGUGCAGAAAGAAAUCUAUUAAUCAGAGCCUAGAGCUAGAGCAUAAGCCUCUUUGGACUUCAAGCACACAGUUCCAUAGUUCAGCAGCUGGCCAGUGUAGUGACAAAGAUCUGAACAGUGAAAAAAUGGUUCCUCUUGUCUCUCAAGAAUCUAUGGCAGGCUUUGAAAAUGCUGUAGAGUUAGCCAGCAUCAACUGUGAGACUCUGAAAGACCCAGUGGACUGUGGGUUGGGUUGCAGUUCUCCCCAAAGAAGGACACAACAAGCUACAAGUUCAGGAAGAGAACAUGCUGAUGUGGCAUCUCUCAGCUGUUCCCUAAGUAAAAUGUCCCAACAUGAUCCUUCUUUGAAAACACCACAGAAGAGGUGCAAGGCUACAACAGGGAAGAGCCACAGCUGUCGAAAGACUGGCAAAGCUCCUAUAGACUCAGAAGAUCUUUACGAUUUUGUCUUUGCAGUUGGAAGAGAAAAACAGGAGAAAGCACUUUCUAACAAAAGGAAAUUGGGGGCAGGAAAGAGUCCUGCUGACUGUUUCUCUGCCCCAUCAGAGCUUGCCAGUGGUAGCAGUACACCUUGUGCAGCAGAAGCCCGACCAGUUGGGAUCACCUCUCUGAAAAGUGCUGGCCAUUUCCGAAGUGUGACCACACUGGAAGUAUUCUCCAUCCCUCUGACUAGGAAUACAUGCCAAAUGCUUGGGAACCUGCUAAGCUCUUGGGUGUCUUUGGAGACGCUUGUUUUGACCUUGAAUGGCUUAGGCCUUGGUAUCUUCAAUAUUCUCGCUGGACUCCGGGCUCUCUCUCGACACAGUGAUUACUCUCUCCGUGUGGUGCGCAUCAGUGACAUGUUCUCACAUGUCCCCUGUAUGAAUCUUGUCCAUUCUUUCUUGCGUGCUGUUCCAUUGCUUCAGACACUCUUGGUCAGCUUUGAUCUCAAAACUGCACCAGAGUGGAACAGGUCAGAAGAUAGCUGGGACAUGUUAUUCUUACAAGAAGAAAUUCCAGAGGGCAAUCUGGAACAGCUUGAGAUCAGAUUUCCCAGGGAACCUCUUCAAACAAGUCACUUGGUGCCAGUGCUGAAAGCCUCAAGGUCCCUCCAGAGUCUCUCCUUAGACAGUGUUGCCAUUUCCUGUCCACAAGAAGUUGGACUUCUCCUUCGUGCACUCAAAGAAUAUAGCCCAAACCUGAAGAAGUUAAGCUUUCAUGAUGUCAACCUUUCUGGCCACUCAAAAGAAGUCCUCCUCCUCCUGCAGGACCCGGUCCUCCAAGAAAUCACCUUUUCUUUUUGUCGGCUGUUUGAAAAGUGUACCACGGAUCUUUUUUCUGAAAUAAUCAAUGUUGUGAAGAAAAACUCCUCAUUGACGACUCUCAGAAUCCCAGGGAAUAGGCUGGGAAAUCAUAGGUUGGUUGCACUGGCUGACAUUUUUUCGGAAGAUUCAGUCUGUUCCAUCUGUCAUCUAGAUCUAAGCUCCAACUGUAUCAAACCUGAUGGUCUCCUGGAGUUUGCCAAGAAGCUAGAGGGUUACAUAGCACAAUGCAGAGAACAAAUCAAGUUUACCAAAUUGUGCCUCUACCAGAACUGGCUGGACCAGGAUGCUGCAACUGCCCAAGAGGCCCUUUGGCGACUAAAAGCCAUAUGCAGUGUGGUUAGUGACACAUGGGAUGCGUCUCAGGCCUUUGCUGACUAUAUCAGUGUGAUGUAAAGAACACUUAUGAGACAGUAUAUUGUAAUAAAGCAUCUUAGUGAUCUA